AUGGAACAAGAGGCAAGAGUAAGAAUAAGCCGCAGAAAAUGGAGGAAAUACAUCGAGUGGGUCGAAAAAGUGUCGGUGGAGCCCACAAUGUGGUUGUACAUGAUGGCAUUUAUGAUUACUUCGGUAGUGGAGCAAGCAUUCUUCGUCUACAAAUCUUGUCGCGUAGACCACGGUUAUUCCGAAGAGGUCUGUUCAAAACUAAACGACAACGAGACCAUAAAAGCUGAAGUACAGGUGACGGUAUCAGAGUUUCAUCAAUGGAACAACAUAGCCGGUCACGUGGUCCCCAUAAUACUGGCCCUGUUCUUUGGAAACUGGAGCGAUCGUCGAGGACGAAAAUUGCCGCUGGUUAUCGGCUUGCUCGGCAAGUUCGUUUACUCCUUUAUGGUGGUUAUCAACUCUCUGAUGGAUAACUGGAACCUGAACACCAUAGUGUACACGGCUAGUCUUCCUAUGGGGAUGUUAGGCGGCGACGUUGCUAUAUUUGGCAGUUGCUUUGCUUACAUAUCAGAUGUAACUUCCGUUCAACAGAGAACUCUUCGGAUCACCAUUUUGGACAUAGUGUAUCUCAGUACUAUGCCAACUGGUGUCGCUCUCGGAUCCUAUCUGUACACGACAGUGACCAACUCGUCGUACACGAUCAUGUUCACAAUAAACGCGAGCUUGUUAGCUUUAGCAAUUCUAUACUCGCUGAUAAGACUCAAGUGGCAAACGUUGCCACAGCAGCAGACUCUUGCGGGGACCAACUUGUUGACGGACUUCUUUGAUAAGAAACACGUUGUGGCGACGAUGAAGACAUUGAUUAGGAAGAGGCCGAAACUUGGCAAACUUCAUCUGUGGCUUCUGUUAAUAAUUAUGAUGCUGUACACGUUUCAACGGGACGAGAAACCCAUGAGUUUUCUGUACACACAGUUGAUCUUCAAAAAGCUGAGAAAUCAUUGUAAAAGUAGGCUUACAUUAUUAGAUAGAAGUCAACUUGUAGGCUUGUCGAAAUAUUUAUAUUUCCUGAAAAUUGAAGAGCUACUAUUCUCAGCGAAUAAUUCUCUCGAUAUUUUCCAAUCGAUUCAAGUGAAAGGUGAAAUAUUCUCGGUAAAGGAGAAACUUUCACUAGCAGAUUUCUCUGCACCAACAUGCUCUAAUCAGUGGAAGAAAAAGAUCCAAUUCCCCUUUGGCAUUCAUGUAGAAAUUCCUUCUAUUCCAGCAAUGUUAGUUGGAGUCCCAGUGAUGAGCAAACUGAUGGGAAUAAAGGACACUAUAAUCGUGGCGAUUGGAGCAAUUUCCCAUGCAGCAGGAAGGGUCCUAUUUGCGGUGGCCAAUAUCUCUGAACUUUUUUACGUUGGUGCUGCUGUUGCCGCACUAGGUCCAAUUGUAGCUCCUGUUCUAAGGUCGAUGACCUCAAAGCUUGUUCCCGAUGAAGAACGAGGCAAAGUAUUCGCGAUGUUAUCAGUAUGUGACAACGCAGUGCCUUUGUUCAGUGGAGUUUUGUACUCUCAGCUUUACAAUGCAACGAUAAACACAGCACCGAGUUCUAUUUACUGGCUCACGUUCACCACCCAAAUUAUGGUGCUAUUUCUCAUCUUAAUAAUUCAUUUUACUACGAGAAACAAUCUGCGCUUGGAGGACACUGAAUACAUGGACAACGAAACGAAUUGGGCAUCAUCAUCUUCUUCCAUAGAAAUUGAUAAAGCGGACAACAACAGAAAAAGAUGA